AUGAGGGAACAGAUGAGGGAACAGCUGAGGGAACAGAUGAGGGAACAGAUGAGGGAACAGCUGAGGGAACAGCUGGAGGAACAGAUGAGGGAACAGCUGGAGGAACAGCUGAGGGAACAGAUGAGGGGACAGCUGGAGGAACAGAUGAGGGAACAGCUGAGGGAACAGAUGAGGGAACAGAUGAGGGAACAGCUGAGGGAACAGAUGAGGGAACAGAUGAUGGAACAGAUGAGGGAACAGAUGAGGGAACAGCUGAGGGAACAGAUGAGGGAACAGAUGAGGGAACAGCUGAGGGAACAGAUGAGGGAACAGAUGAUGGAACAGAUGAUGGAACAGAUGAGGGAACAGAUGAGGGAACAGCUGAGGGAACAGAUGAGGGAACAGAUGAGGGAACAGCUGAGGGAACAGCUGGAGGAACAGAUGAGGGAACAGCUGGAGGAACAGCUGAGGGAACAGAUGAGGGAACAGAUGAGGGAACAGCUGAGGGAACAGCUGAGGGAACAGAUGAGGGAACAGAUGAGGGAACAGCUGAGGGAACAGAUGAGGGAACAGCUGAGGGAACAGCUGGAGGAACAGAUGAGGGAACAGCUGGAGGAACAGAUGAGGGAACAGCUGAGGGAACAGCUGAGGGAACAGAUGAGGGAACAGCUGGAGGAACAGAUGAGGGAACAGCUGGAGGAACAGAUGAGGGAACAGCUGAAGGGAACAGAUGAGGGAACAGCUGGAGGAACAGAUGAGGGAACAGAUGAGGGAACAGACGAGGGAACAAGUGAGUUUUACCUCUGUGGAGUCGAGGAAGGCUCUGCGGCAGGGGAAGCUGUGAAUCCUGACAGACAGAAAACCUGA